AUGGCCUUCUCAACCCCCAUCAUCGCAGCCUCCGGCUCAAAACUCGACGCUCUAUCCGCAGGACGACUUCGUGCUCUAUCCGAGUCCUCGUGUCUCUUCCCGUCAGCAGGUUCCUCACACCUGGACCCAGCCAACAAGUCCAGUCCAUCCGGUGUGAAACCUCCGAGUUUCUACGCCGCUUCGGCUCCGUCAAACUCGCCUCGAUCCAAUCGUCCUCCACUUUUUAGUAACAACACGGAAAAUAUUUCUUAUCGGAAUUUGAAUAUGCAACAACCUCAUCGCCGUAUCAUGUCUACGUCCAGUAUACCUCAAGAUUUUGCCGAGCUGGCCGAUUUCGCUGCCGAUUUCACAGCAGCGGAUUUCGUCUCGUCUCCCGCCACGCCUGACUUCACUUCGAUCAAUCAUCCUACCAAGAUUGGAAACCAGGUGACCGUCUCUCCAAAAGAUCUGAUGCUGGAUGCUGCUUCCUUCCCACCUUCAGCCACGUUCACGGACAUCAGUACCCCUUCUUUUGAUUCUCCAGGUUACUUCAGCCAAAACACUUCCCCUCUUUUUGUCGCGGAUUCUGAUCUUGCUCCUGGUCACGAGCACUGGGACUCGCUGUUUCCCACCGAUCCCCAUGGUUCAACCAUCCUCGAAGACCCCCCAAAAACCAUUCAGAAUCUGUCAAACUCCAUUUCUGCAUCCCAUUCUUCCUCACCAGCACUCAAGGGCACCGAUUCUUCACCUGAGGAAUCUCCUCACCCAAAUUAUCGUUCAUCUAUUCGUCCCUCGUCUAUUUCUGGUGUUAAGCCUCGCCAUCGCGAGAAGCCUCUGCCGCCAAUUGAAUAUGACCCCACGGAUGCGACUGCUGCCAAGCGAGCCCGCAACACGGCAGCUGCCCGGAAGUCUCGUGCUCGAAAGUUAGAACUACAUAUGCAGAUGGAACAAAAAAUCGCAGAGCUGGAAGCGUCUCUGGAGGAAUCUCGCAAGCGAGAGGCUUAUUGGAAGUCGAUUGCUGAAGCCAGGGAGUAA